UUGGUGCAGGAAAUGAUCCUCUUCCCACAAAUCCAAACAGAAUAAACAUAAAAUAAAUAUAUGUAUAUAUCAAAAAUGGAAGAAGCAAAAGUUAUUGAAGAUCCUCUAAUCCAAAGGCAAUAUGAUGAAGACAUACCUGAAGAAGAAGAAGAGGAGGAGGAGGGUUGUUUGAGAGCACAAGUAUGUGAUGAAAUGAAGAAGCAGAUAGGAUUGGCAGGGCCACUGAUAGCAGUAAGCUUGUUGCAAUACUGUUUGGAAAUCAUAUCAAUCAUGUUUGUUGGUCAUCUUGGACAACUUCCUCUCUCAAGUGCUUCCAUGGCCACAUCUUUUGCUUCAUUCACUGGCUUCAGUAUCUUGUUAGGAAUGGGAAGUGCAUUGGAGACCCUAUGUGGACAAGCUUAUGGAGCUAAACAAUACCACAUGCUCGGGAUACAAAUGCAACGAGCGAUGGUCACUCUUACAGCACUAAGCAUCCCUCUUGCAUUUGUGUGGUUUUACACUAGCACAAUCUUCAUAGCUCUUGGCCAAGAUCAAGAAAUAUCAACUACAGCAGGAACUUUUAUCCGUUGGAUGAUCCCAAGCUUAUUUGCAUACUCUCUCCUUCAGUGUCUAAACCGAUUUCUUCAGGCACAAAAUAUUGUAGUUCCUAUGAUGAUAGCUUCUGGGGUUACAGCUUUGUUCCACAUACUUCUGUGUUGGUUGCUAGUAUUUACACUAGGACUUGAAAUCAAUGGGGCUGCAUUAGCUAAUAACAUAUCGAAUUGGAUGAAUGUGGUUUUGUUAGGAAUGUAUGUGAAGUUCUCUCCUGCUUGCACAAACACUUGGACUGGUUUUUCAAAAGAAGCUUUGAAUGAUCUUCUCAGCUUCCUCAAGCUUGCCGUUCCUUCGGCAUUUAUGAUUUGCCUGGAAUAUUGGUCAUUCGAUAUGGUUGUUUUGUUAUCCGGUCUCCUUCCAAGUCCAAAGUUAGAGACAUCUGUAUUAUCAAUCAGCCUUAACACAUGUUGGAUGGUCUAUAUGAUAUCUGUUGGUCUUGGUGGAGCAAUAAGUACAAGAGUUUCCAAUGAAUUAGGAGCUGCAAGACCUAAAGGUGCACGCUUGGCUGUCUGUGUUGUGGUUGUAAUAGCAAUUUUGGAAGGCAUAAUAGUUGGAGGUGUUACUAUAUUGGUACGCCAUAUUUGGGGGAAGUUAUAUAGCAAUGAUGAAGAGGUUAUCAAAUAUGUUGAAAAAAUGAUGCCAUUACUUGCAUUAUCAGACUUCUUAGAUGGAUUCCAGUGUGUUCUUUCAGGUGCCGCUAGAGGAUGUGGAUGGCAAAAUACCUGUGCAAUUAUCAACCUUGGAGCUUACUACGUAGUGGGAAUUCCUUGUGCAUUGCUCUUUGCUUUUAUCCUCCAUGUUGGAGGCAUGGGGCUAUGGCUCGGCAUUAUCUGUGCACUUUCUGUACAAGUAGUAGCUCUUGUUGUGAUUAACUUGUUAACUAAUUGGGAUGAUGAGGCAUUGAAAGCUGUAAAUAGAGUUCAAACAAGCAUAGAUAUCGAAUGAUGUCAAUGAGUUCGCAUUCAAAUUGACUCACAACCAUUCAAAUUGUAAUUGAGUAUACUUUGUUGUCCUCUUGAAAAACAAGAAGCAUGUAGCAUGAAUUUGAC